UCCGUCCGCCUGUCCGCAGGCACUACCCGAGCCAGCCGAGCAGCCGGAGCCGUGGGCCGCGGGGGCGUCGCGGGCCCAACCCCAGGAUGCUCCCCUUCGCCUCCUGCCUCCCCGGGUCUCUACUGCUCUGGGCGCUGCUGCUGUUGCUCUUGGGGGCAGCGUCUCCCCAGGAUUCGGAGGAGCCCGACAGCUACACGGAAUGCACAGAUGGCUAUGAGUGGGACCCCGACAGCCAGCACUGCCGGGAUGUCAACGAGUGCCUGACCAUCCCCGAGGCCUGCAAAGGGGAAAUGAAAUGCAUCAAUCACUACGGGGGCUACUUGUGCCUGCCCCGCUCGGCUGCCGUCAUCAAUGACCUGCAUGGCGAGGGACCACCACCACCAGUGCCCCCUGCUCAACACCCCAACCCCUGCCCACCAGGCUAUGAGCCUGAUGAGCAAGAGAGCUGUGUGGAUGUGGACGAGUGUGCCCAGGCCCUGCAUGACUGCCGCCCCAGCCAGCAGUGCCACAACCUGCCUGGUUCCUACCAGUGCACCUGCCCCGAUGGCUACCGCAAGAUUGGGCCUGAAUGUGUGGAUAUAGACGAGUGCCGCUACCGCUACUGCCAGCACCGCUGCGUGAAUCUGCCCGGCUCCUUUCGCUGCCAGUGUGAGCCUGGCUUCCAGCUGGGGCCCAACAACCGCUCCUGUGUAGAUGUGAAUGAAUGUGACAUGGGGGCUCCAUGCGAGCAGCGCUGCUUCAACUCCUAUGGGACCUUCCUGUGUCGCUGCCAUCAGGGCUACGAGCUGCACCGGGAUGGCUUCUCCUGCAGUGAUAUCGAUGAGUGCAGCUACUCCAGUUACCUCUGCCAGUACCGCUGUGUCAACGAGCCAGGCCGCUUCUCCUGCCACUGCCCGCAAGGCUACCAGCUGCUGGCCACACGCCUCUGCCAAGACAUUGACGAGUGUGAGUCUGGCGCACACCAGUGCUCUGAGGCCCAGACUUGUGUCAACUUCUACGGGGGUUACCGCUGUGUGGACACCAACCGUUGCGUGGAGCCCUAUGUCCAGGUGUCUGACAAUCGCUGCCUCUGUCCGGCCUCCAACCCCCUGUGCCGGGAGCAGCCCUCGUCCAUUGUGCACCGCUACAUGAGCAUCACCUCAGAGCGCAGCGUGCCGGCGGACGUGUUCCAGAUCCAAGCGACCUCUGUCUACCCCGGCGCCUACAAUGCCUUUCAGAUCCGUGCGGGAAACUCGCAGGGGGACUUCUACAUUAGGCAAAUCAACAAUGUCAGCGCCAUGCUGGUCCUCGCCCGGCCUGUGACGGGCCCCCGGGAGUAUGUGCUGGACCUCGAGAUGGUAACCAUGAACUCCCUCAUGAGCUACCGGGCCAGCUCUGUACUGAGACUCACCGUCUUCGUGGGGGCCUACACCUUCUGAGGCGUGGGGGGUGCCCUCAGGGAGGGGGAGGUCCCUGUAGCCAAGGAGCCUGGGGCUCAGGGAUGACUGUUCUGCUAAAAGAAAAGAUGCUAUUGUGAAGGGUAGACAGAGAAAGGCAAUAAAGGGAGAAAGAAGGAGUCCUGGUGGCUGAGGUGGGUGGGAAACCCUGUAGGGAACCCCAGACUGGGGACAGGGCCAGGCUUGUGGGAGGCGAGCCAAGUCCACCUAAAGCAGGGUCAGCUCAGGCCCGAGGGAGCCCCACUGAUGGGAGCUGUGUCCCCAAGGCUGGGAUUGGUCUAUGGACCACGGGCAUCAGAACUGCCGUGAGAAAGGAGGAGGUAAUAAUGCUGCAAACUCCAGGCCCUCGCAAGAAUCUGGGCUCGGCUGGUUUGCAGGGAGCCUGAGAAAGCCCGCUCUGCACAGUGCCAGGAGGCCCUGGGUUUCGACCUGAGCUUGGCCUCAAACUAUCAAUUUGGAUAAACCCUAGUAGCUCCCUGGGCCUCAGUUUUCCAAUCCAUAUAAUGAGGCAAUUGGGCUGUUAAAGCUUUUCAAACUUUUUCUUUUCCAAGCUACAGGACCUUUUAUCAAAGGAAAUUUUGUUUGAUCAGGGACCCCCUGAGGAUAUAAACUAGAUUCGAAGUUGCAA